UGUACUGCGAUGUGAUGCUGGAAGUGUUUGCACUUGUGUCAUCUGUAGGUUGUUGGCAUAAAAUCGAUGGUGAUGAGGCCUGUUCUGCUCAGAGUGUAUCUAUAAAAGGAGAGUCGCAGGUCAGGGCUUCUAAGACAGCUCCAGCCACCCAGAAGAUCCCUCUGUGUAAGCAGUGUUUCUCUGUGUUAAAAGGUAUUUUGCACCUGAGUGGGUCACAUGCAGCAGACUUUGAGCAGAAAGCCUUCUGUAGUGAUGCAUGUGUUGGAGACUCCUGUUCCUGUGCAAACCCUCAUGAGCAACAGAGGAAUGGAUGUGGAGAGGAGCCCUGGAAACAAGGUAUGGACAGGGCCUCCUCAGUGAGUAGGUCCAAUUUCUUAUCGUUGGUGCCUUCCAUCAGCAGGAAGGUUGGGAAAGACUUGCUGUACAACUCAGAGCUACUCCGGCACCAGGCCACUCUCAACACUGAGCAGUGAGUGACAGGGGAAAGUCCCAAUACUGUGGCAGU